AUGUCUUUGUCAAAGCCUUCUCCCGAUUCUUUGUCCACAUUGUCAGGUCCCCACACCAUUCACCAAACAAUACCCUCACUCGUCCCAAUCGAUAACACUCAACACACGAACACAACACCAAAUCCCAAAACGCUUCACCCCCAUUCCUCCAUCCUCAAUUCCUCCUCCUCAGACCUCCCCACCAAACCUCCACUCCAUCCACAUCCCCAUCCAAAAAACCAAACCAUGGCCCGCCCCUACCGCCCCACCCACAAGCGCCCAAAGAAACUCACCAAACGCACCAUAAAAUUCUACAUGGACGACACCAACGCCCUGAACCCCCUCUGCCUCAUCUCCUCCCUCCUAAUCUUCAGCACCUUCUUCCUGACCCUCCUCGACCUGCUCCUAAACCUCCUCCCUUGUGCCAUAAACCUCCUCUGGUUGGGCUUGAACAUCCUCUGCACCUACCCUCCCUUCAUCUUCCUCCUCAACCUCCUCGCGACCCUCAUAACCCUCUACCUCAUCGACAUCACCCUCUGGUACACCACCGCCCUCAGCACGUACCCCCUCUGGCGGCACGCCGCUCUCCCCGCGACGCAGCGCCUGAGUCAUUGGUCUGUGUUUCGCGUGUAUGCCGUCUACGCGGCCGUGUGUUUUGCGCUGCUGUAUGUGUGGACGGGGGAGUUGGGGUGGAUCGGGCGGGAAUGGGGGGUGGUUUGGGGGGUGGGGAGGAUUGUGACGUUUGAGGGGGUCGUGGGGGUGAGCGUUUGGGUGGUGAGGGAGUUGGGGGAUGGUUGA